AUGUUCGGUUUUCCCAGCAAUCCGUUCUUGCCGACGGCUGAAGACAGCCCACCGGUGACAAGAUCAAGGUGCACUGCUCCGGGCUGCCAAGAAUUCGUUCCAAAUGGCUACCCAGCAUGUCCCUUUCACAUGCGUCCUGUCUCCCCCAAAGUGUCCAAAAGCAUCGAGAAGCAGCAUUGGCCAAGUCUAUCGCAAAUAGUUGGGCGCCUCCCAGAACCAAAUUUGCACAAUCGGAAGCAAUUGGACGCGAAGGUCACCGCGAGGAAGUCCAUUGCAUCUAAGCCAGCCUUCCUGCUUACUGCUUCGAAAACGAACGGCAUAAGAACCAAUGGUAGCAGCCAGUCUGCAGCCAGUCGAGUAACUGCCAACGGCUCUCAUAUCUCACCAAAGUCAUCUCUUCUGCGACAGAUACGUCCAGAGCCUCCAAAGUCGCCAGAGACCCCUUCAAGGAAGAGACAGCGCAUAUCCUCACCAGGAAAUGACGAGUCUAGUCCAAGAGUCUCGCAGCGGAAUUUUGAUUUACCAUCAAGAGAUCGGAGUCCUUCGUACGGCAAUCUACCUGCGCGGAACUUCGGCUCGCCCUUGCCAAAUGGCAGCACCGGUUUCCUGUACUCAGACAGGGACAAAGGGAAGAUAGCAGGGCAUGCUCCUCGAUUCGAUGCGAACCAGAAUCAAAGCCAACUUAAUGGUAUUGGCUUCAAUUUCGAACCUACUAUAAACCCACUUAGAAACGGCAGUAGCAACGAUACGCGAAAAGCUUCAUUUGGGGGCUCGCACGCGGAGCCGACUAUCCUGAGCCAUACUGACUGGCGCUCUCCAAGCGCACGCAACAGCAUAGCCCCUGAGAGACAGGGCCGCGGACCCGCCCCCGUCAAGGCGAAGAAGAGCCAAAAGAUCUCCAAAUCUGCCUAUGGAGGGCUGAAGUCGGUCAUACGAACUCCGCCGCUCGAGAAGCAGCGGCAGCGCCUGACGGAGGUCCAUGACAUUUCGGCUUUAGACAGAUUCAUUUAUGGACAGGAGGGGUCUUCUCAGCCACCUCCAGGAGUUGCGGCGCCAGUGGAGCAGGAGCCAGGGAAGCGAGAAUACGUCUUCUACGGACAUAUAGACCCGCGGACACACUGGACGCGGCCUCACUCAGAUGCAUGGUAUGAGAGGAAGGAUGAGGAGAUCAAAGCUCGCGGAGGACGCAAAGCCAAUCUUGGAAAAGCAGCGCAACGAAUGAGAGAGCAGAGACUGAAGGAGAGUCCCGAUGAAUGGGAAGAGAGCUUGCCAGAACGCGUCCGCAACGAUGAGGCUUGGCUCAGCGCGAUGCGAUAUCAUCACAGCCGAAACUACGGUGCCCGGCCUAAUGAAACCCCCCAGGCCAGUGAACAACCAUCGCCUGUCAGAAAGAAGAGGCCGUAUAGGAGACGAAACCAGGGUACGGCACAAGUGGUGCCAGAACCGUCUGGCGCGGCAGCCCGCACGAACUCGGAAAUUCCCAAUGUUGCGCCGGGAGUGCAGCCUGUGGCAGGCUUGAAUGGCAACCACAGGUUGUUGAAGAGGUAUACAGAACCUUCCAUAUGA